GCAGGCAGAUGGCUGGGCUAUAAGAGAUGCCACGCUUGAGACCAGCCCUGCUCCAGCCCAAGUGGAUCUCGCUACUUCGUCAAGAUGAGCAAGACCCCCCAGGGCCAGGAACAGCUCUCUGAGCUGGAGAAGUCCAUGGAUGUCAUCAUCGAUAUCUUCCACAAGUACUCGAGACAGGAGGGUCACAGUGACACCCUGACCAAGAACGAGCUGAAGCUCCUGAUUCAGAGCCAGCUUGCGAACUACCUGAGGCACGUGAAAAACAAGGCCACCAUUGACCAAAUCAUGAAUGACCUUGAUAUCAACAAGGAUCAGCAGAUCAGCUUCUCCGAGACAAUGUUGCUGAUCACCCGCGUGACCAUUGCCACCCACGAACACCUCCAUGAGGUCGAGGACCAGCAGCAGCAGCAGCAGCAGCACAAACACCAACACCACCACUGAGGUGGGCUGUGGUCCCCAGCCAAAGGCACCCAUGCAGUACUUGCAGCCCCCGGCUUUCUCCCCUCCAUCCUUCUCUGCCCACCUCCCUCCUUCCCUUCCUUUAAGUCUGAUGGUUUUGCUGCCAAAUAAAGAUUUGCCCUGAGGCUGUGAAAGCUC